UUACUUCAUUCAAACCUGAACCAUAGAAGGCGAGAGACGUUUCUGCUUACCUGUUUUAGUUAUUAUGCGGUUUUAACUAGAGUAGCAUAUUCAAAAUCAAGGCGUGUAGUUUUAUGUUAUUUCCGCUCUAGUAAAAACUCACAUUCCAUUCGAGCGCAUUUUUUUUCUCAUCAGUCCGUGGAAACUCGUCUGCGAGCCUGACCGUGCGCGAUCUUCCUUUUGUUCGCAGCUAUGUCGUGAUUUUUAAAAAAUAACAACAUGGCAUUAAUUCUUUGGAUUUUCUUCCUUCUUCCAUAACACCACUUUUGAAUUAUUUGCGCUACUGAUAAAGUGAAUUAUCUUUCCUCUUUUUUCGUGACCUUUUUGUGUUUCAUGUCAAACUGCAAUGAAAGUGUUUAGCUGUUUGCUCAAGUCGACAUGUAUCCUGCUGCUGAGUAUUUCCUUAUGUCUUGGUGAAGAAAGCUCAACGUUAUCAAAUAUUGUGAAUCCUUGUUGCUAUUACCCUUGUCAAAACCGGGGGCUGUGUGUUCGAUAUGGCCUGGAGAGAUAUGAAUGUGACUGCACCAGAACCGGACACUAUGGAGAAAAUUGCACUAUACCUGAGUUUUGGACAAGAGUCUAUCGGCUUUUGAAACCCAGUCCUAACACAGUCCACUACAUCCUCACCCACUUUCAAUGGCUAUGGGACAUCAUCAACAAGACGGCCCUCAGGGAUUGGCUGAUGCAUAAAGUUCUAACAGUAAGAUCCAACUUAAUCCCAAGUCCCCCAACAUACAAUUCCAGAUAUGAGUAUUUGAGCUGGGAGGCAUAUUCCAACAUCACCUACUACACAAGAAUCCUUCCACCAGUUCCACAGGACUGCCCCACACCCAUGGGGACCAAAGGAAAAAUGAAGCUUCCGGACCCUAAACUUCUGGUAGAAAAGUUCAUGUUGAGACGGAAUUUCAGGCCAGACCCUCAGGGAACAAAUUUAAUGUUUGCCUUCUUCGCUCAGCACUUCACUCACCAAUUCUUCAAGACUCACAACCGUGUGGGGCUAGGGUUCACUAAAGGUCUGGGUCACGGGGUGGAUGCUGGACACAUUUAUGGAGAUACUCUAGAUCGUCAGCUAGAUCUCAGACUUCACAAAGAUGGGAAACUGAAGUACCAGGUGAUAAAUGGCGAGAUAUACCCCCCAACAGUAAAAGACGCGCAAGUCAAAAUGAGCUACCCACCAUCUGUCCGUCCGGAGCAGCAGUUGGCUAUCGGGCAAGAAGUGUUUGGACUGCUGCCUGGUCUCAGUAUGUACGCCACCUUGUGGCUGCGUGAGCACAAUCGUGUAUGUGAUAUCCUGAAAAAAGAACAUCCAACCUGGGGAGAUGAGCAGCUGUUUCAGACAACCAGGCUCAUUAUUAUAGGUGAGACCAUUCGUAUUGUGAUUGAGGACUAUGUCCAGCAUCUGAGCGGUUACCGCCUGAAGCUCAAGUUCGAUCCCACGCUGCUGUUCACCUCACAGUUCCAGUAUCAGAACCGCAUCGCUGUGGAGUUCAAUCAACUUUACCACUGGCACCCACUCAUGCCUGACAGCUUUCACAUUGAGGGAGAAGAGAUUCAGUACCCUCAGUUCCUGUUCAACACGUCUAUCCUCACUCACUAUGGGGUGGAGAAAUUGGUUGAGGCGUUCUCAACCCAACCCGCAGGACAGAUCGGAGGUGGUCAUAAUAUUAACGCAGUGGUGUCCAGAGUAGCUGAGGGAGUCAUCAUAGAAUCAAGAGAGCUUCGACUUCAGCCCUUCAAUGAGUACCGCAAGAGAUUCAAUCUGAAGCCCUACACAUCAUUCUCAGAAUUUGCAGGAGAGGAGGAGAUGGCAAAAGAACUGGAGGAACUUUAUGGUGACAUUGAUGCCAUGGAGUUCUACCCAGCUCUGAUGCUGGAGAAGACACGACCUGAUGCGAUAUUUGGUGAAAGCAUGGUGGAAAUGGGAGCCCCAUUUUCCCUAAAAGGCCUUCUGGGAAAUCCCAUUUGCUCCCCAGAUUACUGGAAGCCCAGUACAUUUGGUGGUCAGACAGGUUUUGAUAUAGUUAAUUCUGCCACUUUAAAGAAACUGGUUUGCCUCAAUACAAAGUGGUGUCCAUAUGUAUCUUUCCAUACUCCUCCAUCAGAUUACAAAAAACAGAGAACAUCUCAUGGUGAACUCUAGCAGAAUUCACUUUUAGCAAAGCAACUGUUUAUCAGAACUAGGUCAAGAACUAUUGUUUUAAUACGCUGUCUUCAAAUUUGACUUUCAAUUACAGAUGCUUUGAAGGGAUAGUUCACCCAAAAAUGAAAAUUCUGUCAUCAUGUUCCUUCCCUCAAGUCAUUCCAAACCUGUACUACUUUCUUUUUUCCACAGUAGAACACAAAAGGAGGUAUUUUAAAGAAGGUUGCAAUCCCUAAUUUCCAUACAAUGGCAGUUGAUAGUGAUUCCUUGAAAGGUCAUGUCAUAAGCAAUAAAAAUGUUCUUGAUCUUUUAACAUAUAAGAGGUUAUUGGUCUAUAAAAGCAUACUGUAAGUUUCAUAACUCAAAACUUGAUCACUGCAAAAAGAGCAUUUGUUGAAACCAAGCUGCCAAAACAACUCGUUCUCUACUUCCUCCACAUUGUGAUGUCACACUGUGGUAGAAAUUUGUAUCUGACCGCCUCCACAACAAUAUAACAAAAUACCUUAUCACUUCUGUAGCCCCGCCCAGUAGCAGUGAGCAAUGAGAUGGCAAGGAGAGAGCAGGUCAGUCAAGAACAGAGAGCGGCCAAGGCUGCCGGGUACGCAGAGGGCUCAGAAGUCAAGACGGGCGGGGACACAGAGGGCUCAGAGGCCAAGGCAGGUGGAGACUCAGAGGGCUCAGAGGUCAAGGCGGCCUGGGACUCAGAGGGCUCGUAGGUCAAGGCGGCCAGGGACUCAGGCAGUGAAGUCAAGGCGGCCUGGGACUCAGGCAGCAAAGUCAAGGUGGCCGGGGAUUCAGGCAGCGAGGUCAAGCUGGCCAGGGAUUCAGGCAGCAAGGUCAAGGCGGCCGGGGACUCAGGCAGUGAGGUCAAGGCGGCCGGGGCUGAGGACUCUGAUGUGGCGGUCACUGUAGGAGUGCUGAGUUCCUCAUCAGCCUCUCCCACAGUAAAUGGUGAUUCGCUCAGUCACAGAGCAAAAUCAAUGUACUGAAUCAGAGUUAAAUUAAUUACGCCUCCAGGCAACAAAGAAUAUAGUGGCUCAUUCAAACCACUAUGAAAAAAGUCAAUUGAUUGAGGCCUCCUCAAAGUCCACCAAAUGACAUAGCUCACUAAAGUCCAUAACAUAGUCCUCAAGGGGACGAGUCCCUUGGCGAAGACGCAUAAGUCCCCACAUGACAAGGGUGAGAAUGAUUGUGGAAUAUGAUCAUGUUUACAUACAUUUGACUGUUUUUUGUGCAAAAAACUUAACUGAUAUUAUAAGUGAACCUCAAGGAACAUAUUAAAUUAAAAAAGGCAUGUCAAGACCCCUUUAAAGCUUAGAAAAGGACCCAAAAGUGUCAUAAAGUUGUCCAUGCAGAUUGUGCAUCAUGUGCCAAGUCUUCUGAAGGUAGAUAAUAGGUUUUGGUGAGAAACAAACUGAACUAUAAGCAAUUUACAGUGAAAAUCUUGACAUCUGCCAUGGCUCUCCUUUAAAAAAGAAAGUCAUAGGGGUUUGGAACAAAAUUAGGGUGAUUAAAUGACAGCAGAAUUACAAUUUUUGGAUGAACAAUCCCUUUAAUUUUAUUCCAAUAAUUGAAUAGAAUGAAAUAUCUUAUGAAUCAGAAAUUAAUUAGCAAUAUGAUUAGUUAUUUGUAACAAGGUGUUUGAAGAAUGAAAAUAUAUAUGAAUAUAAUACGAAUAUAAUGAAUAGUAACAACAAUGAUGCUUUGUGAAUGAAUGUCAUGUACUUUUGAUCCUAAUCAGAGAUCAACACAGAACAUAUUUUAAUAUAAUCAGUAUAUUUCUAAUUGGACUUGUUAAAAGAUAAAUUGACUUCAGUUUGGAAAUUUGGCGAUCUAUAUUGAUUUUGCUAACAACAAAACAUUAACAAAUUACAUUGGGCUCUUUUUGGACACUUUGUUUACAGUAACCCAUGUUGCCAAAUAAAUAUAUUUAGCUUUAACUCAUAGUUCUCCCAAAAAUUAUUCUGUCCAUUUCAUGAUAGUGAAAACAUUAACUCAUGGGUUGCGGUUUUGUAUUGGUAUUUGCUGCCUCAUUGCUUAGUUACUGUUUUAUUGCCUUUGAAUGAACAAGUUUUGAAUGCAUUGAAUGCAUUGUUCUUGAAAUACAGUAAAUCAUUGCAGUCAUUGUGUUGAAACCUUUGAUAUAUGAUUGGCCAGUUUUUCUUAAGGUUUUUGUUGUUUUAGUCACUUUUGUAUACAUUUGUGUUCCUUGAAUAAAUGAAUGUAACCUAUGUGAUGUCCUUCUGAGUGAAGGAUGAUAUUAGCACCAAUUGUGGCACCAUUUCUAUGAGAUUUUUUGCAUAAUAAAUAGGUUUGUUAAAGGCAUAAA